AUGCUUGCAGCUAUGGCAAAACAGGAGGUCUUCUACCUACAACCGCUUGGAUGGGAGAAUGAUCCGGAUGAGGAAAGAUAUAAAGUCUCCACCCUCGACUACCUGACAGCUCGCUCGUAUUACAACUACGCCUUGUUCUUCAAAUUAGACAAUGUCGAUAAGCCGAAAGUGGUUGAUGUGCUAAAGGCAGGCCUCGAGCGUACUCUCAGCCAAACAAGACACCUUUGCGGAACAAUUGAGAAGGAUUCCACGGAUGGCUAUUCGUUCGUGAAGAGAAAGGAUAGUACGGUCCGAUUCUUCGUCCAGUGGCUUGACUCCCCCGAAGAAAACUUCCCGUCCUUCGAGGAUAUAGAAAAGGCCCACUUCAGUGCCACCAUAUUGGGCGACCUCAACCUCUGGAGUGUUUCUCCCAUGACCUAUGGUGAGAAACCAGAAGCCCACCCUGAUUGCAACCCGGUAGUGGCGGCGUAUAAGGCCAACUUCGUUCGCGGAGGGUUAGUCUUUAUUAUGCACCAUCACCACUACGCCAACGACGUCCUGGGCUGGGCUGGCUUCACCCACCAGCUGGCAGAGAACUGCUAUGCCAUUGUCAACCAGACACCAUUCCCCACUUGGGACUUAGCAUGCCUAGAUCGCUCACGCCUUCUCAAACCGGAAGUGCCCGAAGAAGCAAAGGUAGAUGGCCCGGCUUCGCCAGAGCGUCACCCAGACCAUACAGUAGCCGUAUCACUUCUUUUCCACCUACCGAGGGGCAAGGCAAUUGAAUUGAAGCAGCUGGCAACACCCACUGAUGGCUCAUGGAUUUCAACCUAUGAUGCUUUCUCAGCUUUUAUCUGGCGUACCCUUACGCGACUCCGUGCCCCUGUUUUCAAGGCAGACAUGUCAUCCAACAUAUUCUGGUCCGAGGCAGUCGACAUGCGCCGCCGUAUGGUCAAUCCCAAAGUCCCACCACGGAUCCAAGGUAACAUCAUGUUCGCGGCCUUCUCUCCCACAGCGCCGGUACCACAACCCACCUUGGCGGAGAUCAUAUCCGAAUGGCCGUUUCCCAAGCUGGCGUCAUACAUCCGUAUGACCGAAGAAAGCCCCAGCCAGGCGCUUGAUGUAAUAGCAACUAUUCGCGAUAAGGCGGCUAUGAAUGUCCGCAUCAACUCGUACCCGCCCAUGUCCAUACUUCAAACCGAUCACCGCGAUGUCAACAUGAACGCAGCAAAUUUUGGCUUCGCGACACCGGUCACAUAUCGCCAUCUUUUGGAUUGCAUAAGCGAGGGUGUCAUCAUCAUCUACCCGCCGCGCACCACGGGGCCUGACUCCGACGAGGGUUGCGAGUUUGCCAUUUCGUACGAGAAGAGCUUGGCGCAAGAAUUGAUUGAUGACCCUGAGUGGAAUAAGUUCUUCGAGUACAGGGGAGUUGAUGCUGAGGAUGCUGUCCACUCGAAGCUCUGCUAA